AUGCAUUUAUUCAAGUAUGAGUUAGGGAAUGGUAAAAGAUUCUCUUUCUGGUAUGAUCCAUGGUUAGAAGAAAAAUCAGUAGUUCAACUUUUCCCUAGCAUUAACAUAAAAGAUGCAGAUAUCUCUAAAGCUGCAGUUGUUAAAGAUCUGUGGAGUAGAGGCCAGUGGUCUUUGCCUGACCCCAUAGAUGAGAAUACUGCUACUGGGUGGAACUACAUUAGAAGGCAUGCUGCUAUAGAAGAGGAUAAGGAAGAUACUGUCACAUGGAAAGCAAAUGCUAGUGGAAGUUUACUAUUAGUAGCACCUGGAAGAAAUUGCUUCCUGCUACAUACCAAGGAUAAGCUAUGCAAAUGGAGUAUAAUAGCAGAUGAUAUCUGCUGCUUCUGUAAUCAUCAGAUGGAGUGUACCAGUCAUCUGUUUUUUGAGUGUAGUUUUACCAAAGCCAUUUGGAGGAAAAUUCUGGAGUAUUUGGGUUUUAGUAGAGAAGGUUAUACAUGGAGGAGAGAAGUAAGUUUCUUCAUCAGAAGAACUAAAGGGAAAUCUAAUAUUGCAAGAGUGAGGAAGAUGUGCUUCUGUGCAGCAAUUUAUCAGAUUUGGUGCACCAGAAAUGACUUAGUCUUCAACCAGAAGCACAAGUCAGUAGAGCAAAUUUUCUGCAGUAUUAAAAGCAUAGUUGAGGCUAGAUGUAAUGUAACUAGCAGAAGUAGAUUCUGA